AAUCUAUAUCCGCUUAUGCAUAUAAAAGCAAAUGCGAGCGCAGUGCGUGUAUGUGUAUGAAAGUAAUACAUACGCGACAGCAGUGCCUAGAGAAAGAUCAACAAAAAAGAUCGAAUUGGUAUACAAAAUGGUCAUAACAAAAGAACAACCUGGUCCAUCAAAUCCAUCCGGCUCUGCAACAGAUGAAAAAGAAAAGGAUGACCGUAUGUUUGAAUGUAAUAUUUGUCUUGAUACAGCUAAGGAUGCUGUUGUUAGUCUGUGCGGGCACUUGUUUUGUUGGCCAUGUUUACAUCAGUGGCUAGAAACUUGUCCUAUAAGACAGGUUUGUCCUGUUUGUAAAGCUGCAAUUAGUAAAGAAAAAGUAAUUCCAUUAUAUGGUAGAGGAGCUACAAAGCAAGAAGAUCCAAGAAACAAUGUUCCUCCUCGUCCUGUUGGCCAAAGAUCUGAACCAGAAGCUAAUGUUGGUUUUCCUGGUUUUGGAUUUGGUGAUGGUAGUUUUCACAUGUUAUUUGGCAUUGGAGCUUUUCCAUUUGGACUUCUUACUUCUUUCAGCUUUGGAGAAACACGACCAAAUGCAGCACAUCGUGGUAGUCCGCAAUAUGAAGAAGAUAUAUUUCUAUCUAAAUUAUUUUUAUGGUUAGCAUUUGCCUUCAUUGGUUGGCUGCUCUUAGCAUAACACUAUUUCCAGGUUAAAACUCCUGGAUGU